GUCUCGAACCAUUAUAACAGCUGUUCUCCAUUAACAGUGCUGAAAAUUGUAAUCGAAAACAUAAAAAUAAAAUGUGAAAUAUCGUUGAUAGAAAUACUAUUUUUUAAAUAAAACAUCUUUUAUUGUUAGACGCUUUUGUUUUUAUUUACUUUAUUGAAGUAACCGCUUUUGUUGAGAUUUUAAAUAUCUUGUUCUUAAUAUGGCGCGUUCGGAGCAGGAGAAAUCUGAAAAGCGGAAGGGCAAGAAGCGCAAGCACGAGCAGCCACAUGCUUCCUCCACCGGGAGCGACGACGAGGUGGCCACAAAAAGUCUUAUCCUGGAGCCACAGGUGGCCCCAAGAGAUAAACCCACCAAAAGGCGCCAGGAUGCGUCUGAGACUCCGGUCUUGAAGAAGCGAAGUAAAAAAUCGGCGCUCCAGGAGGACACCACUGGAGACCGGGAUGCGGUUGCGACCAAGGCUUUGAAAAGGAAACAUACGACAGGAGCUACAGAGACUGUCCCGGAGAAACGGGGCAAACAGGAGCCUGAAUCAGAGGGCGAGGACGGAGACAAUCUGCCCACGGCGGCUCAGCUUCGAGAAGCUGCUCGGCCAGAGAACACAAACGCUAUAGUUACUGUGCGGCAGAAGAAGAAGCAGAAGCACCAGCAGCGCCUGGAAGCCCAAAGAGCUCAGAAUUCCAAUAAGGAGUCUGAACUGAACAAGGAGUAUCUUCUAAAGUGGAAACAGUCCAGGGAGGAGUGGAAGUUCAUCAAACUGCGGCAGAUUUCCAUUCAGCAGACGGCCUUCGACGAGGAGAAACUAGACGCCGAUCUGUGGCCCACGGCCCUGGAGUACUUGGCCAGUUCCCAGGGAGCGGCGCGGGCGAAAAUCAGCAAGCUUGCUGAAGAGGAGAUCGAGAAGCUAGAUAAGCAGUGCGAAAAGCUUGCGGAUGAGUCCGAGAGGCAGAAACUAAUCGAGUCCGUGCUCUACCAACGAGCCCGCGAUCUCCUCCAGAGUUUCGAUUAGUCGAUAAUGAUAAGUCUAUGAUAAGAAAUACUUGUACUAGAAUUAAAACUAAAGCGCCUUGUUUACAAUCAUCAAAAAGCCAAACAAAAUAAAA